AAUCCCCAAAACCCACCACAUCCCCUCUUUGUUUGCUCCCGGCUCCCAGUUCUGUCUAUCAUAGCUGGCUAGUUCCGAACAUAUCACGUCAUUAGUCCAGUAUACAUACCGUUGAGAAUGAGUCUCUGUGCAAGGUGCCAAUCUUGCCUGCUGCAAGGUCUAGUUCUUGCUACGUUGCUUCUCAGGAGCAGCGGCAUCAGCAGAGGCGGCCCAAGCAAGGGAGAUGUGCUCCUGGUAUUGGAUGUCGACAACACGUUGUACGACGAAGGCGCUCUUCGAAAGCUUUCGUUGUCCCCUCUUGGCAUUGAGGAACAAAUUGUCCAGAACAUUCACUCUUACUGCCGAGAGCACGUGGGAAUGUCCAAAGACGAAGCUGACCGGUUCCACCAUGAGUAUGGAUCCACCAUUGAAGGCUUACGGACUCUCUGGGCCGGCAAUUUGAAAACUCUGGAAGAUAACAUGAAGCAGUGUUACCAAGCAAUAUGGCCUCCGAGUAUGGACUAUACUGCCCUUCUUCAGCUGCAUCAGCCUUCUUCCCAAUCAUUGACUACUGGGUAUUCUCAUAGCGAUGAUUCUGCCCGUCAAUUGGCACAGCUUCGCUCUCUCUUGCAGAGGAUACCGUAUCCUCUUUACUUGGCUUCCAACUCGCCUAGUUGGCAUGUUCGAACCGUCCUACAAGCUCUCGGGAUGCUCAACGUACCUUGGAGUGGCCUGACAACGCCGGAUCAAAGCAGAAGAGGGGUAGACGGCGACACCACGUACACAAUCUACACGACGAAACACUCUCCAUCCAUCUUUUUCCGGGACAUUUUGAAGCAACACAAUCAAGAAAAAUCGGAUCAAUCCAAGUUACUCUUGCUGGAUGACUCCAAAAAGAACAUUGAAUGCUUGCCCCCACAACUAAUGACAGGGAUACGAGUCUCUUCGGACAAUCCUCUGUCUACGGCGCUUUUACAAGCUGUAGGAGUCAUCGAUAUGAACACGGAAAGCUACGAAUUUUCACAGGUUCAGUACUUGCAGUCAAAAAAUGUUGUGGAUGCCAGAUCGAUACAUCGUCCCACCUGGCUACGUGUGGCUGACGAACUGCGAGCUAUGUUGCAAACGACACCCACCGCCGAGCUUGAAAUCGUGGAUGUAGGAGCAGGACUCCUUUCCAUGUUCAAGCUUGUCGUAGAAGGUGGCAAUGACAAUCAACUGCCGUCGCUUGUAGAUCAAGUCUCCAACGGCGAGAAUGCCAUAUUCAAAGGAAUCCGAUACUUUGCAUACGAACCAAAUCAAGGGCUUCAGUCGCAAUGUAUGCAGGUACUGCAAGAUAUGGGCUUCACCAGACAAACAGGUCAAGAGCAAGAUGAAGAGGAAACCGUCUUUGUAGGAUCCCGCAAGGGGUGCACCAUAACUGUGCAUUUACGGCUGUACGAUUACAACCAAGAACAAAACAGCAAAUUGACAAUAAUCCACCCCACUCCGCACAUUGUUGCUGGGUGUUGUUUUGCAGACCUAUUGGACCCAAAUCAGCUAGUAGCAUCGCUACUCCUGAGGUUUCUUUCCAGGACACAGGAGAAUCGCCCCGACUCGUGCUUGUGUUAUUUUCCCAUCACCUUUCAAGGCGUUACACAGUUUGUUCCGCCAAAACCGUUUGAAAUCCAUGCAGGCAGGGCACAGAGUGUUCCCUCGGACACGGUAGCGUUUGCCCUGUACUCCAAGGCAUUGGAGGAGAUUCAUGGGCACAACUUGGAUCCUCACAAGCUCGAGGAUGCAAUGAAAGCAUUUGGAGGAAGCCUGCUCUCCUCCGGGGCUUCCAAAUGGGACAUCGAUCCUCAGCAACACCCCUAUUUGUGGCAGACACUCCUCUACUUUUUUGAGCGUGUGGCUGGACCAGAAUUGAUUAAAACGGGGUGGGAUGCCGCUGGAUGGCUUCAGCGUGCCCGCAGCCCAGGGCAGCCAAGCAUCUUGGUGUCCAAUGUGGACCUGUUGUUUCGGUUGCCACGCAUGGGCAAUGCAAAGAUUGCGUCUGUUGAUGCCAACGGGGAUGAACACCUGGAUGAUUCAUUGGAGCAGCAAGAGACUGGGAUGGAGGAGAUACAGUUUACAGCUCCGUACAAAGUGACAACAGUGACAAAGCUGGGUGCUGACUUACAACCUCAUCAGGUGCAAAUAAAAUCUGAGUACUCGCUGAUCAGCUCUGGUACCGAGCUGAAGGUAUUUAAAGGUAUGUUCGAUGAUGCUGCCCUUGACGUAAACAUCAAGGGUAUGGAAGAAGAACGAAUGGCGUACCCACUAGCCUACGGGUACAGCCUCGUUGGACGGGUGGUACAGUGCGGUUCACAAGUAGAAGACGCAGAUCAGCUGUUGGGGAGGCUGGUCUUUACAUUCUCGGCUCACGCAACACAUGUCAUUGCGGAUCGGGAUGCCAUCCAACUCGUUCCUGAAGGCAUUGCAGCUGAAGAUGCAAUCUUCAUGCCGUCGGUGGAAACUGCACUUUCUAUUGUGCAUGACGCACACGUGCGGUUGGGGGAAAAGGUUGCGGUUUUCGGGCAAGGGCUGAUUGGGUUGCUUGUUACGUCAAUCUUAUGCAAUUCACAGCAGCAGGACAUGGUCUUGCAAGCUCCCUGCUGCAGUGAUCUCGGGACAAAAGUGGGUACAGUUACGACGAUUGAUGCAAUUCCAGCACGGCUUGGGGCUUCUGCAGCUAUGGGCGCUUCACAAGCCUUGUUGCCGUCGGAAGUCCCAGCAAGUGGCCCCUUUGAUGUUGCCAUUGAGGUCAGUGGCAACGCCAGGGCACUUCAGUCGUCAAUAGAACACACUAGUAACAAUGGCCGCGUAGUGAUAGCAUCAUGGUACGGCAACGCCGAUGUUACGCUCAAGCUCGGAAUUGAUUUUCAUCGAAGCCACAAGACAAUUGUGACAUCUCAAGUAAGCGAAAUAAAGGCUGAACUGUCUGGUCUGUGGACGAAGCAACGACGUUUUGCGCUGACAUGGGAACUGGUAAAGCAGAUACGGCCGUCUCGACUGAUAACAAUGCAAACUGGUUUGGAACACGCGCAGAAGGCCUAUGAAGCCUUAGACCAGGGAUCAGAGAUUGCCGUUGCUUUCCGAUACGGAUGAACUGGUCCUGAUACCACCGGUAACACGGCCGACAAGACGAAGAGAUUCCAGAGUACCAAAAUUCAUCUACUAUGCUGCUAGCCAUCUAUUCUAAGCCUAAGGCAAAGGCAAAGAACCUGACGGAAUUGUAUCUAGAGGUCGGCUGCGACCUGCUGGUGCGCAUUGAAGGUUCGAUUCCAAUUAGCUAGUUGAAGUUGCGGCGGCGAUAGAACAGCACAUACGCUGCCGGCGAGACAACCUGUUCCACGCCCCCACCCUGCCCGUCUCCGAUCGGUCGCACACUAGAAUCGUCAAAGAGAGCCCAAUCCAUCGAUAGCUCCUCUUCGUCCCACUUUCUGGCGUAAGCAGUGUAGUGGCCAAAUCCCAUGCGCCCGAAGUGGUUGACAACGGCGAACAAAUCAUAGACGGCAGGAAUGUGGUCAUUCACAUAGAGCUGUCCAGGAGGAUCGCCAUCGGUCUUCCACUGCGCACAGUGCUUGCUCAUAUCCAAGCCUUCAAGCGGGAAGUCAACAAAAGUGGCAAGCUUGUCCCGCCGAAAGCCAUGGCGGAACUCAAAACGUUUCAAAUGCACAACGAGUACGUUGGGAAGCCUCCAGAGUUCCAUCGUUUUCAGUGCACGAACAUGCUCUUUGCAGUUGGAGCAGUACCACAUGUUGUUUUCGUCCAGGCGUUCUGGCUUUGUGAACGUCUCAAAGCACUGGUCGAGCGACACACCCCGAAUCCCAUCCAUCUCGCGCUUCUUCUUAACGCACUCGGCGUAGCAAGGGUGGUCCGUAUACGUGACGAAACGUUUCUCGUUGACGCUGAUUGUCUUGGGCACAGCCUUUGGCUUGUUGUUCUUUUUUGAUUUCUUUUUCUUCUUGUUGUUGGUGUUUCCACCUUGCGCGGAGCCAGCUUGUUUCAAACACUCUGGUGGGGUGUCCAUUGUUUCGGUCCAUUCAAGGGACAAGAACAGAAAACGAGAAGUGCAGUCCUCGCCUAGAAAGGACGAUAUUUUCUCGUCCAGAUCUUGCGGCAUGUAAGCCGUACGCGCUUCCUCCUCUUCGUCAUCAUCACUUUUGGCAUCGCGGUCUGGAGCAUUCAACGGAAAGAUCGGAUCGAGGUUGCCGUCGGCAUCCGUCACUCGAAUCUUGAGCAAUUGACGGUACGCAUCCUCGAGUUCCAUGUCUAGGUCUUCUUCGUCGCCUUCCUCCGUGAGGGGCAUGACCAUAUGGCGGACUCGCAGCCACGUAUGCUCCCAUAAUUGACGACAGGUCAUCAAUGCGCUGCAGGAAGUCAAAAAGGGAAACCCAAAGUUAUCACGAAGAGGGAUGCUGGUUGGUGACCCGUCUUGAUCCGUUGCUGCUUCCACGAGCGAAUGGGACACAAUAAUAUGAAUGGACGUCGAGGUGUAAGGAUCGACUUGAUAAGCCGUCACGAUCUCGUCCUGUCGGAUAGUCCCAAGGGACUUGUUGUCGUGCAAUAUUUCCACAAUGGUGUGAUCGCUCACUUCGCAAAUCACCAAGUGAGUGGGUGGAAUUCCAGUCACUUCACUCAAUGCCUGUCGCAAAUCGGCCACGAGAUUGUUCCUCCGAAACGCAAAGGCAUAUCUAACGGCCGCAGCCCCCUUGGGUGAAACAUUAUUGUUGCUGUUGUUUUUGUUGUUGCUGCUGCCCCGAUCCGGAAAGACCCACAGACUUAGCCAGGUGGUCGAUUGGUUGAGCGGAGUGGGAAUCUCCAGACUCACAUGAUUAAAGGCAUCAAAACUGACACUGACUCGGUUACAGGACGGACACACGCAAGUACUUUUGAACUGUCCGUAAAAGGUAUCCAUGACGAGACUGUCAUUCCGCCGCUGGUGACAUUCCCAUGCCUGGGACGCCGCCACACGCGUAUGUGCAUUGUUUCGGAUAUUGUCAAAAUCGGGCAUUUCCACGUAAGGUGCCUUUCGGAUUCGAUUCAAAUCUUCGUGCAGUCCAUCGAGCAAGUAUGCCAGGAAUUCCUGUGAAUCGUGCUGUAGACAUCCGGCAAAUCGCGGUGCAAACAGCGCAAUGGCUCGUUUGAGAGCCGUGGGACUGGUGGCCACACCCCCUCCGGUGGAAGCCGAAGCCCACCAGAGUUCCUUGACGACCGUGCCGUAGGCAUUGGCGAGCUUUCCCCCGGUACCUAAUGGAUUUUGCGGAUUGAGAUCUUUUUGAAACUGAUUGGAAAGGAAAUGUCUUGUCAGGGGUGUGGCGUGUGACAAUGACUGGAGUGCGGAAUUCAUAAAGCAAGUAUUUCCCAUAUUGUUGAGUCCCACUCGUCCUUCGGCGGUCGGUGGUAUAUGAUUAUUGAUAUUGGUGCCAUUGUUGUUGUUAUUCUUGGCAAUCUUGCUGCAAAGGACCUUGUGAAAUAUCCAAUGAGCUUCCUGACACGAUCGGUCGCAGUACCAAACCAUGAGACAACGGGUACAUCGUUUGGUAGCCGUUCGAGCUCGACACGCCGCACACUUGUGCUUGCUGGCUGUUAUUGUCGUUGUAGCGGGCGUUGGAUACAAGUCAAUAGUCAAGAUGGAUUGCGAUUUCUUCUUGGUAGUGCGUCGACAAAUGGGUGGUGUCAAUUCCCGAUACCAGCUCUUGAGGGCACAGUAGACUUCUCGUGGCAAUAUUUCGUAAUGAUAUCCUCGUACCAGAUUGGGUCGGAGUGCCGUCUGCGGUGGUGUGUCACCACCCAAGUCGUCUUCCAAUGCCGGUGGUGGUUGAAAAUGUCGA